AAUUAAACUUGUUUUAAAAUGAAAUAAUACAUGAACACUAUGUCUUCAUUAUAUUAAGAGUAAAAAAAAGAUGAGAAAGAUGAAGAUGAUGGCUAUUAUUGUUGCUUCAUCAAAAAAUAAAAUUAAGUAGCCGAAAUUCGAAAGAAUUCAAAUUCAAUGAACUAUUCAAUUUUAAAUAAGAACAUUAUUAAUUUAGAAUCAUUGAAAGAUGUUUAAUUUCACUUAGAAACAUAUCCUGAACGAUAAGCUCUUUUGAAUAGUUUAAGAUACAAAAUUAUUAAUCUUGAGAAAUAUCCCUUAAUUCUUGUAUAUAAAAAGGAAUUUUUACAACCUGAUAUUUAGGUGGAUAAAGAUGAAAUAACUUUGAUUUUAUCUUAUCCUGAAUAUGAAGUUGAAUAUUCUCCAUUGAUUAUUCACUCUAAGUUAAUGGAAAAUAUUGAUUAUUAAAAAGAAAGAGAUGAUUGUGAAAUAUAUUUUAGUGGUAUUUUCUAAAAUCUAAAUACAAACAUUUGUGAUAAUGUAAUAGUGAUACCAUUUAGUCCAUCAUUGAUGAUAAUAGAUCCAGUAUUCAAUGAAUUGAAAUUAGAAUGUCGAUAAGCAUUAUUUAACAUAGUAGUUCCAUUUGUUCCUAUUUUAGAAAAAGUAACAAUAAUCCUCCCAAAUAUUAUACCAUUAAAUAGUAUAAUGUCUAUAGCUGAAUUGCUGAUAAGUUUGAAAAUAAAAUUGAUGCCUUAAUCUUCUUACACAACUUUAAUAGUAAAUUGUAUUUAAGAAAACAAUCGAUUUGAUGAAUUUAAGUAAUAUAGAAUUAAUUUUGAUCUUAAAUAUUAUCAGAUACAAGUUAACCAAUUUGUGAAAUAGAAAUUAAGUACUGAACAUAAUAUCGAUAAUUUACCUGUGUAAUUCUUGGCUCAAUUACUCUGGACUAACAAACCUUUGUCAACCUAGUAGUUUAUAGAGCAAAGUUAACGAUUUUCAUUAAGGAGAUCAGAUCCAAUUUAAUAGACUUCCCCAGUCACUCCAAUUUAUAAUUAUGAGAGCAACUAUAAAUUCGAAUUGGAAGGAUCCUCUCUUAAAAAAGAUAAAGAAUCAUAUUGAAAUUUU